AUGACGCAGGAUUUAGAUCUUGAUGCAUUCUACUACUCGCGAUUGCGUCGUCGCACCCAAUUUGCUCAGCAAAUUAGCAACACUCUUUUAGCCGCUGGAAUUCCGGCUGAUGCCGCCGCUGCUGGAGCAGAGGAGGCGGCAAGUCCCAGCAAAAAGCGUGCUAUCGGCAUGACGCUGUCGCCCGGAGAGGAAUAUGAAAACUACCAGAAAGUGCAGUCCACCAUAAUGGGGGAACGCAUAAUUGAGGACGGCAUGGAUGCAGUACAAGCAGAAGAUGACGAGGAUGAGGAAAAAGAACCGUUGCCCCCCAUCGCGUCAAAUAUGAAGGGCCCCUCGCUCAGUCGAGCAAUGACAGUUAAGGCUAAAGCACCAAGUGACGAUGCGGCUGAGCGUGAAGAACUGAGAAGAGCCGCUGGAAUUACGAUUCGAGCUGCUCCCUCACGGAGAAACGUUGCGCUUCACACGGAACGGACGAUCCGUGGCAAAGAAGACCUAGCACGACCAACCACUCGCAUGAUAGACCCCCUUGGUCGCUUUCGUCUGGUCUGGGACCUUCUAAGUAUCAGCUUCAUUUUCUACAACGCAAUCGUUUUGCCGUUUAAGGCCUCAUUCGAUGUAAAUGCCGACGACAACCCGUUCGAAAGUGUCUUGGACGUAUUUUUUCUUGUUGACAUUAUUUUGACCUUUAAUACGGCUAUCGAGAAGGAUGGCUCCAUUCGCUACAACCGGAGACUGGUAACUGAGCGCUACCUGCGCACCUGGUUCCUAAUAGACCUGAUCGCGGCAUUGCCGUACGGCUACAUCUUCACUGAGGAUCACAACUACAGCGCCAGCUUGCGGAAAUCCGUCAAACUGCUCAGACUUAUCCGAUUGCUGAGGUUGCUCCGUAUCUCGCGCAUCGUGCGGCGGAUCCAGAAUGCCAUCUUUAUUCGAUCAACUCUCAGCUCCCUCAUGAAGUAUUGCCUCAUGGUCGUCUUCAUCAACCAUUGGUUCAGUUGCACCUUUCACGCCAUUGGGGCUUCAGACAUCGAGCGCAGCUGGAUCAAAACGAUGGGGCUUGAAGAACCCUACGCGAACAAGUGGGAUCGCUAUGUCGCCUCACUAUAUGUCUCCGUUCAGACACUGUCUACAAUUGGCUUCGGUGACAUCUCUGCUCAGAGUCCAAACGAGCGUCUGUUCUGCGUCUUCGCUAUGAUCGUUGGUGGAGGCUUCUUCGCCUACGGAAUUACGAAUAUUGUGGAGCUUGUCUCCAGUUUGACGAUUCAGGAGACACUCUUUCGACAAAAGAUUGACGAAGUAAAUGAGUACAUGAGUGCACGGGAGCUGCCUGUGAAACUGCGGAUGGAGAUCCGCGAAUUCUACCACAACACUCGGCAAUCGCGAGAAUCCAAGCUGAACUCGGAGCAGCAGAUUCUCAACGAUCUGUCGUCCAAAUUGCGCUCAAAAAUUGCACUCAGCAUUAACGACCAGUUCCUCCGCAAGUUUCCUUUCUUCACAGGCAGUGAACCCAAUUUUCUGAUGGAGCUGGCGUUGAAUAUGCGCGUGAUUCACUUCGCGCCGCUUGAAGACGCCAUCAUCGAAGGAGAGAUCGGGCACGAAAUGUUUUUCAUCUUCCGCGGUGCUGUAGAAAUCGUCAAGCAGAACGUGCGCGUUGGAGUUCUCGGUGAGAACCAGUACUUCGGUGAGAUGGCGAUCCUGAGUCCUGACAAUCGACGUACUGCCACUGUGAGAACGCUUUGCUUUUGCGAGCUUCGAAUGCUCUCUCGCGCUCGAUUUCUCGAGGCGCUGGCGCUGUUCCCAGCGAUGCAGUCGAAAAUGGCGCAAAUCGCGCAAGUCCGUGCUACGACUUCGAACCAGGAGCCGGUCGCUGAGAAGCAAAAACAAAAGUUUUCUCAGUUCAGCGGGAGUAACAUCAUCGCCACAGCUGCAGCAGCGCUCUCUCUCACCUUCCAGCCCCCUUCGCCCACUCGCCACUCGUCAGCUGCACGGCUACCACUGGAACAACGGCCUUCAGAGCGAUUCACUGCACACCUUCGCGCACCAACGUCCGUGCGAAUCAGCAGCAACGUGCGUCGGAGCUCUGCUAAUCUGGGGGCAGCUGGUGUGAGUGCAGGGAUGUCUAUUAUGAUCAGUGAGGUUUCUUCCUUACUGGAGGAGGCUACUCGACGACAAGACUUGCUCCUCAGCCACGUGCUCAAGCUGAAGAAAGACCUCGACGAGAUUCGGAAGCCUGACCGGGAGCGACUCAGCAGAAGAGCGAGCGACAACCUGUCCGAUCUCAUUGCGAACGGCACCAAAUAA